AGGUAAAGGCAAAGGGAUGAAUUCCUACUUCACUAACCCUUCCUUAUCCUGCCACCUCGCCGGGGGCCAGGACGUCCUCCCCAACGUCGCCCUCAAUUCCACCGCCUAUGAUCCAGUGAGGCAUUUCUCGACCUAUGGAGCAGCCGUUGCCCAGAACCGGAUCUACUCGACUCCCUUUUAUUCGCCACAGGAGAAUGUCGUGUUCAGUUCCAGCCGGGGGCCGUAUGACUAUGGAUCUAAUUCCUUUUACCAGGAGAAAGACAUGCUCUCAAACUGCAGACAAAACACCUUAGGACAUAACACACAGACCUCAAUCGCUCAGGAUUUUAGUUCUGAGCAGGGCAGGACUGCGCCCCAGGACCAGAAAGCCAGUAUCCAGAUUUACCCCUGGAUGCAGCGAAUGAAUUCGCACAGUGGGGUCGGCUAUGGAGCGGACCGGAGGCGCGGUCGCCAGAUCUACUCGCGGUACCAGACCCUGGAACUGGAGAAGGAAUUUCACUUCAAUCGCUACCUAACGCGGCGCCGGCGCAUCGAGAUUGCCAACGCGCUCUGCCUGACCGAGCGACAGAUCAAAAUCUGGUUCCAGAACCGCCGGAUGAAGUGGAAAAAAGAAUCUAAUCUCACGUCCACGCUCUCAGGGGGCGGCGGAGGGGCCGCGGCCGACACCCUAGGCGGAAAAGAGGAAAAGCGGGAAGAGACAGAAGAGGAGAAGCAGAAAGAGUGACCAGAACUGUCCCUGCCACCCCUCUCUCCUUCUCCCUUGCCCCUCCUCCAAUUCCCUCCUAAUCACACCCUCUAUAUUUAUCACUGGCACAAUUGAUGUGUUUUGACUCCCUAAAACAAAUUUAGGGACCUGAAAUGGACCUGAAAGUCAACUCUGGACCCCCUCCCUCCGCACAAACUCUCUUUCACCACGAGCUUCCUCUUUGCUCCCUCGCUAGCUCGUUUCUCGGCUUGUCUGCAGGCCCCUUCCCCCCCCCCCCCCCCGCCCCGCCCAGGCCUUGGGGGCUCCGUCCCUGAACCUCGCUUCAGCUCCACAGAUCUCCCUCCAGAUGAGGACUUGGCCUCCCACCCCCUCGGCGC